AGUGCCCGGGCCGGGUUGACGUCACGCGGGAGAUGGAUACCGGCUCGCGCAGGGGGGUGGGAGGCGGUUAAGCAAGACGAGAGCGAGAGCGAGAGCGAGCUCGAGCGCGAGCGACCGCCCGCCCGCCGCACAAAGAAAAACUUCGCCCUAAGUUUUUUUUUUUUUUUUAGUUUUUUUUUUUUUAAUUGGUCAUUUUUUUUUAAAGCCAAAUAUAUAUAAAUCAUUUUUAACCCCUUUCCAAACAGGAGAGUGAAAAAAAAGGAACGUUUGUUACGGGAUUAAUUUUUUUUUUUUUUUUGUGAAACAACUCGCUGGGAUUGUAUGUCGCUGCCGAAUUGCUGAUCGGUAUUUUUCGGAUUGUGUAAAGAGAGAUUUAUUUUUUCGGUUUUUUUUUUGACCCCCCCUCCCUAACUCUCCUUUCUUUUUCAUUCCCGAUCCACACACAGGCUGGGGGGGUGUCUGUCUGUGUAGGAUGGUACCGAUACUGGCAAAAAAAAUACCAGGGAAGCCAGCGCCAGAGGAGGACGGAGGGCGUCCUUUUGAAGUUUUGCUAACCCAACUCGCGAUUUGAAACUAUGGCAGCGGAAUAAUAACAAAAAAAAACAACAACUUGGCUUUUUAUUUUUUAAUUGAUUUUUUUUUUAAAUUGGGACCUUUUAAACCCCCCCCCCCCCCCACCUCCUCUGGGCCCCCCUCUCCCGUCGAAACUGACCUCAAUCCAAGAUGGCUGCUUCGGUGAAGGUCGCGGUGAGGGUGCGACCUUUCAACUCUCGGGAGACCAACCGCGACGCCAAGUGUGUCAUCCAGAUGCAGGGCAGCUCCACCUGCAUCACCAACCCCAAACAACCCAAAGAGGGCCCCAAGAGCUUCACCUUCGAUUAUUCCUACUGGUCUCACACCACGGCGGAGGACCCUGACUUCGCGUCCCAGCAGCGGGUGUACAAGGACAUUGGGGAGGAGAUGCUGCUGCACGCCUUCGAGGGCUACAACGUGUGCAUCUUCGCCUAUGGGCAGACCGGCGCGGGCAAGUCCUACACCAUGAUGGGCAGACAGGAGCCCGAGCAACAGGGCAUCAUCCCACAGCUCUGUGAGGAUCUCUUCAAGAGGAUUGUGGAGAAUAAGAGCACAGACCUGGCCUUCUCUGUGGAGGUGUCCUACAUGGAGAUUUACUGUGAGCGUGUGCGAGACCUCCUGAACCCCAAGAGUCGGGGUAACCUUCGAGUCCGAGAGCACCCCAUCAUGGGCCCCUACGUGGAGGACCUGUCCAAGCUGGCCGUCACCUCCUUCAGGGACAUCGCUGACCUCAUGGACUCUGGGAACAAGGCCAGGACGGUGGCCGCCACCAAUAUGAACGAGACGAGCAGCCGCUCGCACGCCGUGUUCACCAUCGUCUUCACGCAGAAACGCCACGACGAGAUGACCAGCCUGGACACGGAAAAGGUCAGCAAAGUGAGUCUGGUUGACCUGGCAGGAAGUGAACGGGCUGACUCUUCCGGGGCAAAGGGCGUGAGGUUAAAGGAAGGAGCCAACAUCAACAAGUCUCUGACCACCCUGGGGAAGGUUAUAUCUGCACUGGCUGAGAUGCAAAGCAGCAAGAAGAGGAAAUCGGACUUCAUUCCUUACAGGGACUCUGUGCUGACGUGGCUGCUCAAGGAAAACCUGGGUGGAAACUCGCGCACAGCGAUGAUUGCAGCUCUGAGUCCGGCCGACAUCAACUACGAAGAAACACUGAGCACUCUGAGGUACGCAGACCGUGCCAAGCAGAUCCGCUGCAACGCGGUGAUCAACGAGGAUCCGAAUGCCAGACUCAUCCGGGAGCUGAAGGAGGAGGUGAACCGACUGAGAGAGCUGCUCUUCUCACAGGGGCUGCCCAGCAGCCUGGUGACAGCAACGGGCGUCGCCACCGAAGUCAAUAACAUCAACAGCAGUGCCCCCCCGCCCCCCCCUGCAGGGGACCACAGCGUGCUGGGCGGGGUGCACGGCCCCCCCUCGCUGCACCCCUCCCCAGGCGGCGAGCCGGACCUCGCCUCGGACCCCCACGCUGAGGGGGGGCCGCCUGACAGCUACCCCGGGCUGGAGGCGCCCCCGAUCAGCACAGAGGAGGCCGUGGAGAGGCUGAAGGAGACGGAGAAGAUCAUCGCCGAGCUCAACGAGACCUGGGAGGAGAAGCUGAGGAAGACAGAGGAGAUCCGCAUGGACAGAGAGUCGCUGCUGGAGGAGAUGGGGGUGUCGAUUCGGGAGGACGGGGGCACUGUGGGGGUGUUCUCCCCUAAAGGGACCCCUCACCUGGUGAACCUCAAUGAAGACCCCUUGAUGUCGGAGUGCCUUCUCUAUUACAUUAAGGAGGGGGUGACACGGGUUGGUCAAGAAGACGUGGACAUUCGACUGAGCGGCCAGUUUAUAAAGGAGCAGCACUGCGUCUUCACAAGCAGCACCAAGGACAACGGGGAAGUGGAGGUCACUCUCGAGCCGUUUGAAGGAGCGGAGACUUACCUGAACGGGAAGCAGAUCUCUGAGCCGGUGAUACUGAAGCAAGGUGCGCGAGAGCUGUGGUCACACAAAAGGGUUUCGUGUCUACAGCAACGACGGGAGACGCCGCGGCAGCGUGCUGCGGUGCUUCUGACAGAGACGCGGGCCAGCUAA